UAUCUGUCUCCUAUCGAUGUGUGUGUACAUGUGUGUUGUGUGUGUGUGUUUCCUUUUUUCUCCCCAAACCGAACAUGAAAUAGUUUGUUGGGCUAUACUUUCUUUCUUCCUAUCGUUCCCCCCUUCCUUCCUCCCCGUCCUGGUUCGCAGGCAGAGACAGGACAGAUUGAAACCCAGCUGUGUUCGUCGCUUUCGCUCGUUGCCAUUUUCCCCCCUCAUUGCCCGGUGAUGUUGGAUAUGGGAGAGCGCAAAGAGGUGAAAAUGAUUCCUAAAUCGUCGUUCAGUAUAAACAGUUUGGUGCCCGAGGCCGUGCAAAGCGACAACAACAACCACCAGAACCAGCACCACCACCAGAACCACCACCGGCCCGGCGGCGCGGACGAAGCCGAGCAGAAAGCUCCUCUCCCGGCCGCGCAGCAGGACGGCAAAGCGGACUCUAAAAGUGACUCCUCGAGCCAGGAGGGCUGCCCGGACGAGAAGGACAAGCCGGAGGAGAAGAAGGACGGGAAGGACGCGGACGGCGGCGCCGGAGGGAAGGACGGAGAGAAGAAAAGCGGCAAGUACGAAAAACCUCCUUUCAGCUACAACGCGCUCAUCAUGAUGGCCAUCCGGCAGAGCCCCGAGAAGCGGCUCACCCUCAACGGCAUCUACGAGUUCAUCAUGAAGAACUUCCCGUACUACCGGGAGAACAAGCAGGGCUGGCAGAACUCCAUCCGGCACAACCUCAGCCUGAACAAAUGCUUCGUCAAGGUGCCGCGGCACUACGACGAUCCGGGCAAGGGGAACUACUGGAUGCUGGACCCGAGCAGCGACGACGUCUUCAUCGGCGGCACCACCGGGAAGCUCCGGCGGCGGUCCACCACGUCCCGGGCCAAGCUGGCCUUCAAGCGUGGAGCCCGGCUGACCUCCGGGCUGACCUUCAUGGACCGGGCCGGCUCCCUGUACUGGCCCAUGUCCCCCUUCCUGUCCCUGCACCACCCGCGGGCCAGCAGCGCCCUGGGCUACAACGGGACGUCCUCCGGCUACCCGGGCCACCCCAUGUCCUACAGCACCAUGCUCACCCAGAACAUGGGCAACAACCACUCGUCGUUCCCGUCCUCCAACGGGCUCAGCAUGGACCGGCUGGUCGGCGGGGAUCUGCCCUACGCCACGCACCACCUGACGGCGGCGGCCCUGGCGGCCUCGGCGGUGCCCUGCGGCCUCUCCGUGCCUUGCUCCGGGGCCACUUACUCCCUGAACCCGUGCUCGGUCAACCUGCUGGCCGGGCAGACCAGUUACUUUUUCCCCCACGUCCCGCACCCGUCCAUGACCACGCAGACCGGAGGCGGCGGCGGUGGCGGCGGCGGCGGCUCCUUGCAGGCCGCCCGGGCUUCGGCCUCCAACUCCCCGCAGGCUCCGUCCUCCUCCUCGCUGCCCUGUGACUCUCUGAGGCCGGCUCUGUCCGGAUCUCUGCCGGCCUUCUCCUCGGGACUUUCCGGGGGUUUGUCUGACUAUUUUACGCAUCAGAACCAGGGCUCGACCUCCAACCCGCUCAUACACUAACAUCCCCAAACCCUGACCCCCGGCCUCACCCCUCCAUCCGUCCUCCUCACCCCCACCCUCCCCCCCCUCAAGGAGUGAAAAGCUAAAAAUGACUGGAACUGUAAGUUGAACAUUUUACACUGAACAUUUGCCACAUUGUAAAAAAAUUGACAAAAUUAUUAUAAACUACCUGCUAUAGAAAACAGAGGAGAGACUGAAAGUGCAAAACAAAAAGAGCAGCAGACAAACAGAAAGCAGCCCUGACGUUUCCAGUGUCCGGCUUUGUCUGUACAGUCUGUCAGUCAGCGACGUGCGAUGUGAGCCGAGCUGCGAACCGAGAGGGAGAGCGGAGCUGUAGGCUCACUUUUCUGUUGCUGUGGUUGGAGGAGGCAUUGCUUUUUAUAGAAUGUGUAUUUAAAAUAGUUUUGUCUAAUUUUGAGAUUUAAAAAAGGUAAUAAUAAUAUGUCUAAUCGCCGGUUUGCCCGCAUGUUUGCAGUAUUAUCAGGUCUCAUGCGGGUUAGAAAAGAAGCGGCGGAGAAUGAUUUUAUUUUACAAGAUUUAAACACUAAUUUUUUUAUUUUUAUUUUCUAUACAUUUCAGUGUGUGUGUGUGUGUGUGUGUGUGUGUGUGUGUUUAAAAUGACUCUGAUUCCUGAGGCUGUUUCUCCAUCCAUUCAUUUCCAAGUUUAAAAACUGUUCAUGUACUUUUUAUAGACCAAAGAAUCGGUUUCUAGGAAAUUCAGAGUCAGCUCACAGAGGCCUAAUGUAGUAGGAAUUGAGGACUGGAUGAAUGAGUGAGUGAGUGAGUGAAUAAAGGGGUGGAUGAUGCCUCCUUCACUGCAGAAAAUGUCCAUUUAAACGAGAUUUUUAUCGCAUUUUUUUUUUACCUUUUAGAAAUUUUCUUAAAUUAGAAGAAAUGUGAAUGAAGUUUGGUGGCGCCGAUUUCUUUCCUUUUCCUUUUAUUGCAGCUUGGAGGCAAUUUGCCUCAGUCCGCCCCGUUUUUAAGACGUUAAUGUGCGUUGGAAAGUCCUCUUUAGAAAACACAAAUUCCGAUUUUCCGGCUGAAUUUGGAGCGUAAAUGUCUCGUUUGUGUGGAUGUUUUCCGCCGUGGCAGCCUGUGUUGUGCUUCUUUGACUGUAAACGUGAUCGCCGAUAAAAACGGACGUUCACGCUUCUUUUUUCUCCUUCUUCUUUUAUUUUAUUUUUGGGUAUAAUUAGUAAAAGAGAGAAAAAAUGUCUAUUUGUAAUUUGAAUUUGGGGUUUUCUUGUUUUCGAACGAUGUAAAAACCCGUUUGUUUGACAGAAGAAAAAAAUGCCUCAUUAUCUAAUACUACUUGGAAUGAUUGUCCUUUAAUUGUCGUCUCUAAAAACGAAUUUUCAUGGUUGUGAUACUAUUGUGGUCUUAUUCUUAUUCCCGUGUUUGUCGCUUACAGAAGUUAAAAAAAGAAAAAAAAUGUUUUAAUCAUAAAAAAAUAAAAAUAAAAG